CUCCUCUCAUUCUUUGACCCGAUAGACUUCCGUCUCAUCAGAAACUUAUCCCUCCAUCUCUUUCUCUCUCCUAUAUUCCUCAUACCAUGUGAAGCCGUUUUUAAACGGUUAAACCCCAACCCCAACCUCAAAGGCUCAAACAAAACCUCCUCCGGUGAACGCCGCCACCGACGAUGUCGCCGGUAUUGUCCUGCGGCCUGGAGUGGGUGGUGUGCGUGGGAUGCGCCCGCUGGGCCUGGCGGCGGUGCACCCACGCCGGCGCCCGCGACAGCGCCGCCUGGUCCCCCGCCUCCCCCGCCGACUUCGCCCCCGUUCCCCGCGUCUGCCGCGCCGUCCUCGCCUCCUACGAGCCCGACCUCGCCCGGCCCCGCUGGGCCCCCGCCCGCCCCGGCGGCUACCUCAUGGACCCCGCCGCCGUCGCCAAGCGCACCUCCCACCCCGAUACCGCCGGUCGCUGCCCUCCCUACAUGAUCUACCUCGACCACGCCGCCCGCGAGGUCGUCCUCGCCGUCCGCGGCCUCAGCCUCGUCCGCGACGCGGACUACCGCCUCCUCCUCGACGGCCACCCCGGCUCGUCGCCCUUCGACGGCGGCUACGUCCAUCGCGGCCUCCUACGGGCCGCCGUCUGGCUGCUCAACCGCGAGGCCGACACCAUCUGCCGCCUCCUCCGGGAGAACGGGCCAGAUUAUAGCCUCGUGCUCGCCGGGCACUCGCUGGGGGCCGGGGUGGCGGCGCUUAUGGCGGUGGUCGUGGUGAACCACCUCGACCGGUUCGGGGGUAUCCCGAGGAGCCGGGUCAGGUGCUAUGCCAUCGCGCCCGCCAGGUGUAUGUCGUUGGAUCUCGCGAUCAAGUAUGCGGAUGUGAUCCACUCCGUAGUGCUGCAGGAUGAUUUUUUGCCAAGAACACCAACCCCCUUGGAGCAUAUUUUUGGAUCUAUUUUCUGCUUGCCAUGUUUAUUAUUUUUCGUUUGCAUGAGAGAUACAUUUGUAUCGGAAGAUAAAAAGCUUAAAGAUCCAACGAGGCUUUAUGCUCCUGGUCGAAUGUAUCACAUCGUCGAGAGAAAAUUUUGCAGAUGUGGGAGAUUCCCUCCUGAGGUGAGAACUGCUAUUCCAGUUGAAGGAAGAUUCGAGCAUAUUGUUCUGUCAUGCAAUGCAAUAUUUGAUCAUGGGAUUAUUUGGAUAGAGCGAGAAGCAGAGAGGGCUUUAGAGAUCAUGAAUGAAAGAGCUGAGGAAACAACUCCUCCAACACAGCAAAGGAUGGAGAGACAAUCUCUUGACAUGGAACACAAGGAUGCACUGGAAAGAGCAAUGAGCUUGAAACUGCUGCAUGAUGUGGCUCCAGCUGAAGAACCCUCUCUUGACGUGGGCCCCUCAACCAGUGAUGAAGUAACCUCAACCAGCGACUCCACAUCUAGUGGGAGAACCAUUUGGGAUGAUCUGGUGGAGCAGCUCUUAGACGACGAUGAAUCUGGGGAUCCCAUCUUGAAAGAAGAUUCUAGUUUUAGUUCUACAAUGUCGGAUCCUUUAAUAGAACGAUGACUUCGAAAUGUUUGUUAUCAGGUAAAACAGAGUUCUGCACUACAUCAUUCUUUUCUCAAACAUAGUCUAACAAAGAAAGUGAAGCAGAUAUUACUUUAACUGGAGGUCCAACCGUAGGAAUCUGUUCUUUGUCAUGCAAAUCAUUCUAACGUUGUGUAUAAGAGAAUUUUCCCCCCACUUUUCUGGUAUAUAUUUCUCAUACCAUUGAGCUAUUGAAUAACAUUGAGUUUUUAAGCAAUUAUGAACUCUCAUACACGGUAUCCUGAUGUUUACAUUCAUUUUGUGUGUCUUGAAUCUGGUUUCACUCUGUUCUUUGGUUCUGCACUUGCUUAAGCUUGUGAUUGUUCUCUCUUCCUUUGUAAUUUUCUUUAUCCAUUUGUACUAUCACCAUUUCAUUUGCUGAAUGAAAGUGAUUAGCACUUUGCC